GAGUGCAAGCGCUGCAAGCUUGGCCUUCCAGCAGCGUUUUUCUACCGCUUUUCUUUCCAAUUUUCGGAGUGGGACCUCGAACGGUCUCUGCGGGCAGUAAUAGCGGGACUGCGAUGGGUACCGCCAUGUUUGAUACAAGCGGAGCGACGGCGAAGCCAACUGGGCCUGACUGUCCAGUAGAAAAUCUUACAUUCCGUUUCAACAUUUUCCCUUCACUUGCACUGUUUGCUUCUUCAUUUACUUCUUCAAACUGUAUACAACAGCACGAGCGAGCGCUUAUCACUUCCAUUGUAACAUCACCACUACCUGCACACCAACUUCCAAUACAACACUUGCUCGAUACUCUUGCUUCCCUUCUUCUUCGACCAUGCCAAACUACUCACCUCGUACACCUUUUUCGGCCUUUAUUAUUGGACUUUGCUGCUAGGUGGAUAGCAGCUCUGAAAAAUGCUGAGAGGGCCGAACGAAUGUAUGCGGGGAUCUGUGAAUGUUGCCGGCCAGAAAAAAAGCCGGUAGUCUCAACAAUAGCAUCACCCCACUCGAGUCCGAAACAUGAUUUGGACGGAAACAUUGUAAAUAGUUAUGUGGAUAGAGAUAGGGCAUGUGAACGGAUCGAAACGCUUUUGGGAGCGUUGUCUAUGAUCUUACCUGUAGCCCCGCAAAUAUUGACCUACGCAGUCCAGGGGAUGACCAUGGCGAUGAAUUUGGAGGUGUUACAGCGCUCAGCAUCACUCUCUCCUACGUCCCUUCAACGUCAAAGGCGGCUAAUGCGUAGCCUCUACCGUUUGGUCCGAUGGGAUCCCUCAACCUUUACUCCCUUGAUGUCCUGGACACCAUUAUAUACCAUUGUAUUACAUCACGACUCUAAAGUGCGUACAUUCGCCGCCCACACUCUUGCAAUUGUCCUUGGAAUGUCCGAUGCCGAGACGCAGGUGUUCGUAACAAGGUUAUUGAAGGCAGAUAUUGAGCAGGAUGGGGAAUUGCAAUUACUUCGAUUGAUUGAGGAUGAAUACGACACCAUUGAGCAAGCGCAUUUAUUUGAUGUUUCCCCUGACAAUGCGUCAGGACAGUGCCUCUGGAUAGGUGCCAGUGAUCUGUCGUCACUAACAGUGGAUUUAUCUGGAAUUCUACUGCCCUCUGCAAGCGCACCAGACAACAAUAGAAUACCUUCCCUCAUCCCGACAUCGACUACCAGACGCAAUCUCCAUAGUGUCGCAUUGGCACUAUCCCUCAACGUUCCCAUUUUGCUCCAAGGAGCGCCAGGUGUAGGAAAAACAUCAUUAGUAGAGGAAGCAGCUCGUCUCCUCGGGCGACACGACACACUCCUUAAAAUUCAUCUCGGAGAUCAAACGGAUGCCAAGGUGCUCUUGGGAACAUACAUUUGUACGUCCACCCCAGGUUCCUUCCGCUGGCAACCUGGUGUGCUCACAACAGCCGUCACUGAAGGCCGAUGGAUUUUAUUUGAAGAUGUUGACCUGGCUCCGUUGGAAGUGGUCAGCGUACUGGUCCCCUUGUUAGAGACUGGGUGGCUGUUUGUUGCGAGCAGAGGGGAGAAAGUGAAGGCAAAGGAGGGCUUCAGAGUUUUUGGAACCAGAUCUGUCGGGCCUGGCACACGAGGAAUGGGUGGGCAUGCUGCUGGAGAAGGCUUAUGGCAUCGAGUCGCUGUCGAGCCAUUGAGUGAGCAGGAGAUUGUCGACGUAAUUAGUGAGAAGUUUCCUCGGUUAAAGGCUGCUGGUCUGCAAGAACGGAUCAUUAAGGCGUUCAAUGUGAUUGGAGACUUAUUUAAGGAUAAGAUGGUGAGCGGGGGUCGAAGUGCGUCGUUGAGGGACUUGAUCAAAUGGUGCAAUAGGGUGGAGGUUAUGACGAAAGUGCGACUAUCUGUAAGUGACCAUCAGCAAGCAAUGGAUGUUGAUGGGGAAGAUUCCGAUCUAUCCCUGGCAGUCAGAGAAGAUCUUUACCGUGAAGCAGCCGACUGCUUUACUGGUAUGAUUACGGAGAAAGCGGUGCGAGACAAAGUUCUUGAAGAAAUUGGAAGCGUUCUCGGUGUCCCCCCACAUCGCGUGCAUUUUUAUUCAGAGGUGCAUGUUCCAACUAUUCAAACCUCCGACCAAACUACUUCUGUGGGGCGUGUUACGCUUUCCAAGAAUCCCCGUGAUCUCCUCCAAGCAAGCACUCCACGACCGUUUGCACCUACACCAUCAACGGUCCGCCUUUUGGAACGGUUAGCAGUCAGUACAGCUCAGAACGAGCCUAUCCUCCUCGUGGGUGAAACUGGUACCGGAAAAACCACUGUCGUCCAACACCUGGCCCACUUGACCAAUACCCCUCUCACCGUCAUCAACAUGUCCCAGCAGUCAGAUUCUAGCGAUCUUCUUGGUGGCUUCAAACCAGUUGACGUGAAAAUUCUCGCGGUUCCUGUCCUGAACGAAUUUGAGCGACUGUUUGCUGCAACAUUUUCAGUAAAAGCUAACGUCGCCUUUCUUGAAGGUGUACGCAAGGGCUUCAAGGGCAGUAGAUGGCCGAUUUUCAUCAAAGGUUGUCGAAUGGGCGUGAAAAUGGCGGAAGAGGUGUUUGCUAGAAUGAAAGGAGAGAUGGCGAGUGGGGCAAGAGCGGAGUCCGGUCAAGCUAACAAGAAGAAGAAAACCAAGAGGACUUAUGAUCCAGCGCUGGAAACCGAAUGGCAAUCCUUUGCGAAGAACUUGUUAACUUUUGAAAGUACCCAGCAGAAAGUUUCAGCAUCACUUCUGUUCUCGUUCAUUGAGGGAGCGCUGGUCCGUGCGAUUAAAGAGGGGCAUUGGGUGCUACUCGAUGAAAUAAAUCUAGCCACACCCGAAACUCUCGACUGUCUCACAGGAUUGUUGGCUUCUGCAACAUCUAGUCUGGUACUUCUCGAACGGGGUGAUACCGAGCCUGUCUUUAGACAUCCAAAUUUCAGGUUAUUCGGUUGUAUGAAUCCGGCUAACGAUGCCGGGAAGAAAGAUUUGGCGGCCGGUCUCCGUGGGCGAUUUACGGAGUUUUGGGUAGAUGCACCAGAUUCCACCUUUGUGGAUUUGGUCGGUAUCAUACGCCAGUACCUUCAAGCAGUUUUACCACCGUCCACGGCCGGUGCAGACCUUUGUACCGAUAUUGCAACAUUCUAUACCAGUGUUCGCGGCUUUGCAUCGCAGGGACUGAUCUAUGAUGGCGCAGAUCACCGAGUGCACUACAGUAUGCGGACGCUUGCGAGAGCAUUGAUGUUUGCUGCUGGGACAACGGCGAAAGGUGUCUGGGGAAUACGUAGAGCCACCUGGGAAGGAUGCUCCAUGACCUUUGGUACAGGACUUGGGGAAGUGAGUCGGGUAAAAGUGGAAACGGUUUUACGAGAGACAGUGGGCAAAGGUGUCAACCUUGGUCGAGGAAUUCGGAAUCCUGACCUCCAUUCCGAAGUUGCGAGACAUGUUAACGUGGGAAGUUACUGGCUUCCGCUUGGACCUUCACCGCCCGCCGAUACACUGGCCCUGUCAGAAACGUACAUCCUAACGCCAACGGUGCUCCAGAAUCUGUCUUACUUGUCGCGUGCGGUCAUGUCCGGAAAGUAUCCUGUGCUAAUACAAGGGCCCACCAGUGCCGGUAAGACCAGUAUGGUCGAAUAUUUGGCGAAGUUGACUGGACACGUUUGUGUGCGUGUAAACAAUCAUGAAGGGACGGAGGUUGCAGAGUAUAUCGGAGGAUGGGGGGAGAGCGAAGAUGGGGCGGAAGCAGGUAGAGGGCGGUUAGUGUGGCAGGAGGGAAUUCUUGUCACUGCGCUCAAAAAGGGACACUGGCUCAUUCUGGAUGAACUCAAUCUUGCACCGUCAGAUGUGCUUGAAUCGCUUAACCGCCUCCUCGACGACAACAGAGAACUUUUCAUUCCGGAAACGCAAACCACCAUUCGUCCUCACCCCUCCUUCAUGCUCUUCGCCACUCAAAAUCCCGCAGGAACAACUUACGGUGGUCGUAAACAACUGUCUCGAGCAUUCCGAAACCGGUUUCUGGAGAUCCAUUUUGGAGAUAUACCGACAAAGGAGCUGAACACUAUUUUGGAAACCCGUUGCAAGAUUGCACCAUCGUAUGCUCAGCGCAUUGUUGCGGUCUAUAAAUCUCUUCAAACAACCCGUGGCCGUGGCCGUGUAUUCGAAGGUCGUCAUGGGUUUGUGACUCUCCGUGAUUUGUUUAGGUGGGCCGGACGUGAGUGCGUUGGGUAUGAAGCUUUAGCUGAAGAGGGGUGGUGCCUUUUGGGUGAGCGCAUGCGAAGCGAGGAGGAUCGACGAAUCGUCAAGGAAGUAAUCGAGAAAGAGAUGAAGGUCUCUAUCGAUAUUGACGACCUCUAUGAACGAGGAUUUGCAGCAGUGUUGGCACAGGUGGAAGGUAACCGGACAGGUCCCGUAAGCGAGCUUGUUGAUAAAAUGGUGUGGACCCCUACUACGAAAAGGCUUUUCACGCUCGUUUGGAAGUGUGUGCAGUUCAAUGAGCCUGUCCUACUCGUCGGUGACACUGGAGCGGGAAAGACAACAGUUUGUCAGGUCGUGGCCGCAGUGUGCGGAAAGGAACUGAAGAUUGUGAAUGCACACCAAGGGAGCGAGGUGGCUGACUUUGUUGGAGGAAUGAGACCAGUUCGAGGUCGCGAAGAAGCGGUAAAUGAGGCUUGGGAGACGUUGGGGGCCUUGCGAAAUCAGUUGAGUUUUGAAGGAAGCGAGCACGAGGAUUUGAAAAGAGCUAUCAGCGAGACCGAGGACGUUGUAAAGGAGCGUAUUUCUGUUAAUGAGGACAUUAAGACGUUGUUGGAGCGGGCGCGAGAGCUAUUCAACAAGUCUCAGACACUAUUCACAUGGCGCGAUGGACCUCUCACGACAGCGCUCCGCUUUGGCGCACAUUUUCUUUUGGACGAAAUCUCACUUGCCGACGAUUCUGUUCUCGAACGCCUCAAUUCAGUUCUCGAACCUUCACAAUUCUUGUUGCUGGCCGAAAAAGGCCGGGCAGAGGCGUUGUAUGCGGCAGAAGGCUUCCGAUUUCUUGCGACAAUGAAUCCAGGAGGCGAUUAUGGGAAAAAGGAACUGAGUCCUGCGCUGCGUAACCGAUUCUGCGAGAUCUGGGUACCAGGUGUGACCGCUAGGAGUGACUUGGAGGGACUUGUUGCAAAGAAGUUGAACGUUGGAGGGGUGAACAAUGCAGACGCCGCAUUGUGUGCACAAUGGAUGAUGGACUUCUACGACUGGCUUGCGCAACGUCUGAGAAAGGAUCGUGAUGCCGUUGUUUCUUUACGUGAUGUACUGGGGUGGAUUGAAUUCCUUGCCGGUGUGCACACUGCCGGAGUAUUAGGACUUCAAGAGGCGUUUGUGCACGGGGGAUGCAUGGUGGUGGUGGAUGGUAUUGGAGUCAACCCUGCUCUGGGAGUCUUGGGCGCUGUGGACAAUGUCAAGAUGGAAGUGAGGCGUGCUUUGUGGCGAAUGUGUGGUGGAGAAGAGCAGGGAAAUGAUGAGGUUGGGCUUGGCGGCGCUAUAACUGUAGACAACAGGUUCGGAGUAUCUCCAUUUUUUAUCGCAAUGGGGCCUGAGACUGUGAGGGACGUAACGUUCUCGUUCAUGGCGCCUACAACACUCCGAAAUCUUACUCGUGUGCUGCGAGCCCUGCAGCUAGUCAAGCCUGUCUUGUUAGAGGGGUCGCCAGGAGUUGGUAAAACGUCUUUGAUCACAACAUUGGCACAUCUGACGGGGCAUAGACUGACACGUAUCAACUUGUCUGAUCAAACCGAUCUGAUGGACCUGUUCGGCACGGACUUACCGGUUGAGGGAACUGGCAAUGCCGGGCGCUUCGCUUGGUGCGAUGGACCAUUCCUCAGUGCCAUGAAACGUGGAGAGUGGGUUUUGCUUGACGAGUUGAAUCUGGCAUCACAACAGGUCCUCGAGGGUUUGAACGCGUGCCUAGAUCAUCGUGGAGAGGUAUACAUUCCCGAGUUGGAUCGCGCAUUUCGUAAAGGUGCCGGAUUUCGCGUCUUUGCGGCACAGAAUCCACAGGGACAAGGUGGCGGUCGUAAAGGGCUACCACGCUCAUUUCUCAACCGCUUCACCAGCGUAUACGUGGACGCGUUGACCGAAGCCGAUGUGUUGACAAUUGUGGGCAGUGUGUACAAAGGUGUUGAUCAAUCUGUUUUGCACAAGAUGGUACGAUUUAACGAACGAAUGAAGGAAGAAACCAUGGUGAAUAUGCGCUUUGGUUUGCGUGGAGCACCGUGGGAAUUCAAUUUGCGUGAUGUCGGCAGAUGGGUUGAGCUUGUAAAGAGUCAUAAUGGCGGGGAUCCGAGUGCUUUCGUCGAGAUGAUGUAUGCUCAACGAAUGAGAACCCCGGCCGAUCGUGAGGUGGUGUGGAGUUUGUUCGAGGAGACGUUUGGUGAAUCUUUUGAGAAGAGAAGACGGAGGCCUGUUUGGAGGGUCACACCCAAAGAGGUUUUGAUUGGCUCCGCAUCGGUUCAGCGGAAGUCAAACCGGUCUGGACCUAACACGCAUGCGUCGGUUCCUAUUGAUCACCUUCAUAUUCUUCCAUCAACCCUUCCAGUUCUGGAAACUCUCCUGAAGUGUGUAGAAAUGGGAUAUAUGCCAAUCUUAACAGGUCCAGGGGGAUCUGGAAAAACCAGCUUGGUCAGGCUUCUGGCUGGCAUGUGUGGGGUGACUCUAAGAGAAUUCAGUUUGAAUCCUGGAGUUGACGCUGUGGAGCUUCUUGGGGGUUUCGAACAGGCCGAUGUGGUGCGGAGACGGAAGGCACUUCUGGAAGGAGUGGGUCGGAUCGUUGAGGGGGUUGUCCGGGAGCUGUGCUGUCAUGGCGGAGAUGAUCUGAGAACCGCUGACCAAACGAUGAGGGAGUGGGACGCUAUUCGUCCGACUGUCGACAAGGGGGAAUUAGAUUUUCUCAGUCGAUUCGUCACAGAUCUAGAACGUUUGGCGGGAAGAAUUGAGUUUGAUCCUCUAGGGAGAUCUCUGCCAACCUUCGAUCACAUACGUACAUUGAUCAAUCUAUAUGCCGAGGCCCUUGUCAAAGGGACACAUGGUACCUUUGAAUGGAUUGAUGGAACGAUUAUCCGCGCGAUGGAAGAAGGGCAUUGGAUACUUCUUGACAAUGUGAAUCUAUGUCCGUCAUCCGUACUUGAUCGUCUCAACCCCUUGUUAGAGUCUGGGGGCGUUCUGACCGUUACUGAACGGGGUGUCGAUGCUAACGGUCACAUCCGGACGGUUCGGGUCCGAGAUGGGUUUAGAAUUUUUAUGGCACUCGAUGAACGAUUUGGUGAGGUUUCGCGCGCAAUGCGUAAUCGUGGUGUAGAAGUGUUUGUUGAGGCGAUCGCAGAUGUUGAAAAGGCGUCCGGGUUGCCAGGAAACGCUGCCCGUGCUUUUGAAGGCGGUACUAUGCGGAAGGUGAGGAUGUGCGGGAGGAUGAUUAUCGAGAGAUUACAACGAGGCAUCGCCGUCAAUGAAGCGAUAGGAAAGGCAGUUGAUGACGUGUUCGAUGUGGAGGAUGCCGAUGGGGUAUCAGGUGUUGUGGACAGAAUAAACGAUAUCAUCAAUUCCGAAAAGAGGCUUCUCGAUAAGUUUUCGGCGCCUUGUUUGUUCCCUCACUUCCUUUCCGGGCGGGUUGUGAUCGAGCAAUCAGGAUUGUCUCGGGUCGCUAUAGACGGCUCCUAUCUGCUGUAUGUGCUUCUGAGCCCGCUUGAUAUGCCAAACCGAGCGAACCUCCUGUCUGCGGCAGCCAAAAUCUUCAUGGAAGGUCUGGAUUGUCGAGAAGCGGACGUGGUAUUGCGGCGGAUUUGGAGUGGGUACGUCUUAAGGAGAUUUAUCCGAGACGAUGACACGGAGAGCCGAAUUAUUAUGGAGAUGGUCCUGAAUGUGCUGGACGGGCCAGAUUGUGAAACGAUGGAGGCACGUCGGCAGGUUAUUUCCGAUGAAGUGACUGGCUUGCCGUUGGAUUUGAGGCCCAUCGAAGGACGCAUUGGGGAAAUUUUGAGGACACAGGAGGGAUGGCCUGCCUAUGUUCGGAGAAUGCAUUUGUGGGACUUGAGACGAAGGAUUACGGUCUCUCAGCUUAUUCAAGAGAGGAAAGGCACUGGAGAUCAGAGGGGGAUAUUAGACAAGUCACGACUAUUCGCGAAUUUUAGGAUUGGUGAGUCGGAACUGGGCCAUUCCUCUGUAGGCCUGUUUUGGCCGUUAAUGGAGGCUGUCAGGCACGCCAUUUUACGCUGGAUCGACUGUGAGGCUGACUGGGUUGCUGAGAAUCCUGAAGUGGUUCACGCUGUCCUUGAUCAGCGUGAUUGUCUUUGGCGCGUUCUACAGCAUUCUGAACUGUUAUUUGAUGAAAUUAUUGUGGCGUCACGUCGGUUGCGCAAGACUCUGGAUCGUUGUGUUCGAUAUUCAACCGGCGUCGACGAGGACACGCACCGGGUGAGGGCCUUGAUCGGACGGGUUCGAGAAGAAAUCGAAAGAGACGGUGUCGAUGGAUCUGCAAUAUUGUGGAGAGAUGGCGGAAUCACGAUCCUUAAGCGACAAGAACUUGUGGAUGUCAGUAAAGCAUUUGGAGAUGUAAAUAAUGCUCUAGAUGUUUGGCGGUCAAACGCGGUAUGGGGUGGAUUGGGACACCCUGGAGUGGUUAUUGACGAAGACGUUAGAAGGGCUAUAGUGGAAGGUGUUUCCACAUUGUAUUACCUCAAUGAAGGGGACUAUGACAAUGACCUGGUUCAGGUGCUUCGUGAAGUCCCCAUUCGGCUUGCCAAAAAGGUCGACAGUUACGUGGAAAGACUAAACAAUGACUUGAAAGCUAUCGAGGAAGGGAAGACAAUAGAAGGGGCAUCAUUGGUCGAAAGAAAUGCACGGGUACCCAUGGAAGUACUGGAGCAUGUCAGGGAGAGAUUUGUAAAUGUUGGGUUGUGGGCAUUGUGGGAUGCCGCAGGACUCAGCAGAGAGAUGCCACUUUUGAAGAGGUUGGGUCAAUUUGUUGGCGACGGGUUGAAUGAGGCUGCGUUGAAUACUCUUAUGGCCGAUCUUCAGUCGCACCACACAAUUAUGAUGUCGCAAACGUCGCGUCCACCACUUGAUCUCGAGCCCUUCCAACGACUCAUCUGGGUGUGCGAUCAAUCUGCUACCCCGCACGCGUUGACGUCGGAACAGCUGAAUGCGUUUGUCGAUGUUAUUGUCCAGGACGCCAUGUAUAGGUGGCAUCGAUCGCUUUGGGCAAAUGCAUCGGCAUUUUGGACCGAAGCCCUGGAAAUUGACCCUCGGGCUGGUUCUGUUUUCGAUAAUGCCGAGUUAGACAUAGUAUCAGGGAACGUCAUUCCGCAAGCGCCUGACCAUAAAUAUGCGGGACCGAUUGUUUUAGAACGUGGCAUUGAGAGCCGAUUAUUGCUGAGAUCUCUUGGGGAUAUCGGUGCAGUUCCUGUGUACGGAUACGUUGGGAAGACUCACCAAGUUGAGGGCCUACUGGACUACAUAAUGUCAACGGCUAAGGAGGACAAGAGUGACAUCGCUAAAGACGACUUGGGGCUCUUAGGCUCAGUGAUCUUAAAGUUUUUAGAAAACCAUCGAAAGGCUUUUGAUGAAGUAGUUCACCUGGAAAUGAUGAGAACCGCGCGUGAUCUUGCGGACAUGUCUUCGGGCGUAAAUCGAACUGAAAAUGUGAUGGACAUUGUUAACGAAAUUACUGUUCGUUUAGACGAUGCAAAACUGGAUGCUGUGAGACGCAACUUACAGAAGUAUCUGAAGCCAUGUUUGUACGCCAUGGGCGAGGCAAUUCUUUCCAGUGGAAGUUCGACAGGAUCACGCGGUAGAGCAUGGAUGUUCUACUCACUCGCUUUCCUUCGAGCGUAUUUGCCAGAAGUCCCCAUUGAUCCCGCCGCAGGGCCUGCUGUUAAGAUUAAAUUCAUGGAGGAAGAAGCUUCCAUUCUUCGUGCCGAGGUUCAUGUCAGAUCCGAAAUGGAACGUCUGAUGACGGGAAACGAAGAUAAUGAUAUGGUGCAUAGCUUACUGGAGCGUUUGAAGACAUGCCAACUCAAGAGCAAGAAAUGGGCCGGACGCGUUGCACUUCGGCCAGAACGAUCACAGAUGGCUGACAUCAUGAAUGACCUCCGUCAACUCGGUACUCAUCUCCUCAGUGAUGUCGCUGUCGAAUCGUUGCUUGCCGAGUUAAAAGCGAAUCAGAGGAGAGAUAUGACGGUAGCCAAGGAAGCGCAUCUCCAGAAUACGUUGUCGUCCUUGGUUGAGCGAUUGGAAACGAAGUAUGGGGCAUACCGAGAUAUAUUGCAACCAGUCUAUCUUGCGGUGUACCAGUUCAAGUACGGAUUGAGGUUGUUGACUGAGCAAACCAGAAUUAAUGAAAUUGCGGAUGAAGACGGUGUCGGGCGCGUGUUAUCGUUAGCUUUAAGAUUCAUUGACGACGGUAAAGUCGAUACCGCCGAGACGAUGAUACCGCUGCUGAAGCGCAUCACGAGCCAGAAGGAUGAAGUCAACGGCAUGGAUCUUUCAAGCGUAGGAAUAAAGAUGAUUAUGAGUUUCGUUCGACGGGCCCAAGCAGUGUUACGAGUGCGCGCCGGGUCUAGGUCGGAUAGUCUUGGGCAUUUGCAUUUGCUGUUCGGGGAGCUGGUUGAUGCGUGGUCGGUGGCAGAACAGGAACGAUUAGAUAAGGAGCAAGCUGAGGGGGAUUUGUACAAAUAUAGAGAGCGGAAGCACGAUUUGGCCACGGAGGAGGAGAUUGAGGAAGCGCAAUUCACUGAGCGGUUCCCGGAUUUCUAUGGAGAGUUUAGGGAUGUCUUUGAAUUGCCUGAUGGCGGUAAAGAUCCUGAUCAGAAGCCUUUGGGGGAGAAGAAGCACGCGAACGACUUCAGGUUGGAUAGUAAGGUGGCCCAAGAAGUCCGGUUGUUGCAUAAGGAUGUCGUCAUGUCAUGGACCGCCACUUCCCACAGAGGUGAAUCCUUCGAGGAGGCGUGGAAAUCGGCUUUCAUGCAGUCUUACGCAAGUGCUAGCGAUCUGACUCGGCUCAGCAAUUUGUUUCCUUCCCGAACGUUGGAUAAAACGGGGCGAGCGGGACAUUUCUUCGUCGCCACGGCACAGUUGGAAACCUUGACUUCCACAAUUAGCAAGGAAGAUGACGAUUUGGCGCCAAAUGGGAUGCAAAUAUCCCUGAAGCUCGCCAAGUCCAUGCUGUGCUUUUGA